AUGAUAUAUAGUGCUGAAACAGAGAUGCAUUCUGUAGACACCCCAACAUUCCAAUUGAGAUCUAUCAGUUUAUCUUGUUGCGGAGAUGGUGGAUCAUUUCCUCAAUCUCUCAAUCAUCAACAUGACUUGGAACAUGUUGAUCUCUCUCACAUCAAUUUCAAGGGAGAUCAGUUCCCAAACUGGUUGUUGGAAAACAACAAGAAAUUAGAUACACUAUAUCUAGUCAAUAGCUCUCUAUCGGGACAUUUUCAGCUACCAUCGACUUCUCGUAGGGGAUUAUCACGGUUGGAUAUUUCCAGUAAUUCCCUCGAUGGCAACAUCCCAAAUGAAAUCGGAGCAAAACUACCAUCAUUGUUGGUUCUCAACAUGUCGAAUAAUUUUUUUGGCGGUGGUAUUCCGAUUUCGAUUGGUGAUAUGAUUUCCCUUCAAAUAUUGGACUUCUCCAACAAUAAAUUGAGUGGUGGAAUACCGAGGCACUUGCCCAUGGGGUUGUUAAUAUUCGAUGUUAGCAAUAACCAACUCUUUGGUGAUAUACCAAGCUCCAUGGAGAAUAUGUCACUGUUAGCAUUGGAUUUAAGCAAUAACACACUUUUCGGUGGGAUACCAAGGUGGAUGGGAAAGAUGUCAGGCUUGGAAGUACUUCUGAUGGCAAAUAAUCAUUUUGAAGGUCCAAUUCCCGUGGAAUUUUGCAAACUCAACUAUAGUCUGAAAUUUUUGGACCUUUCGGCGAACAACAUAUCGGGAAGCUUGCCAUCUUUCUUCAGCUUUACAAGGCUCACUCAUGUUUAUUUAUCAAGAAACAAGCUAAAAGGGCCGAUCACCAGUUUUAUUAACAGCAUUGAUUUGGUGACAAUGGAUCUUAGCAACAACUACUUAACUGGAAAUAUUCCAAAUUGGAUUGGCAACCUUUCUACCUUGAGUUACCUUCUCCUAAAUAACAACUACUUUGAAGGAGGGAUUCCGGUUCAAUUAUGCGACUUACAUCGUUUAAGGUUGAUUGAUGUUUCUAACAACAAUCUUUCUGGUACAAUUCCUCCUUGCUUGAUGAAUACAAUAUCGAAUUAUAGCUCCCGUGCUAAUUUUGACAACAGUGGUUACGACGGUUCCAUCGGAUAUUUCUCUGUUGAUGUGCCGAUAAAGUUCACCACGAAAAGCAUAUCCUACUUUUAUAAGGCAACAGUCCUCACUUACCUGUCUGGAAUUGAUCUCUCUUGCAACAAGUUGACUGGUGAGAUUCCCCACCAAAUCCAACACUUCCAAGACAUCAUCGUUUUGAAUUUUUCUCACAACAGUUUGAUAGGACCAAUCCCUCCAGCACUUGCCUACUUAUCCCAAAUUGAGAGUCUGGAUCUUUCUCACAACAACUUGAGCGGAAAUAUCCCUUCCCAUCUUUUGGGGUUACAUUUUUUGUCCUUUUUCAGUGUGGCAUACAAUAAUUUAUCCGGAGCUACACCUCAAAGGAGUGGACAAUUUGCAACAUUUGAAGAAAGCAGUUACGUGGGGAAUCCUUUCCUUUGUGGUGAACCAUUGCCAAAGAAUUGCUCAAUAGAUGGACCAUCUUCAUCAAUGCCGAAAAAUGCAACUGACAAGGGUUUCAUUGACAUGGAAUUCUUUUACGCAAGUUUUGUUGGGUCGUACAUUGUGAUGCCACUGUGUAUUGCCAUUGUGUUGUACAUUAAUCCUUACUGGAGACAAGCAUGGUUCUAUCACGUAGAAGCAGCCACCAUGUCCUGCUAUUAUUUUGUGCUCGACCAUGUUCUGCCUAAACGAUUCCGUUAA